AUGCUGGGGGUUCUUCACAGCCUUCUCCCCCCAGCAAACCUCAACCCUCCCAGCAGAACCCUCCUGCUUCACCUGCUGGUAGCAGCAGCCUUGACAAGUCACGGUCCACCAUCAACCCUCAUCCUCACACUACUUCCCCAUCAACAAGUGGAGGCAGGACAAGAAGAAAAAGAAAGCUUGAUGACAUUGAUGAAAGCACCCACAAAACCUGCAAUUGUCCUAAAAAAGAGAAGUCUGGGCACAGGUAGGAUAAUCUACAUCAGACAAAACAAAUCUGAAAACUUUAAAGGGUUGAUGGAACAUUUUUUGGUCUUUCUGCGUCAUAAUGAUUUAACUUUUUUGAUAAAAUUACAGCGAAAAAACUAGCACGCCAGUCCAUCUUCUGCAGCAGCCAGCAUGCAAAAAAUUAUGCCCAGACGAUCACACCCUUUGGAGACCACCAUGUUCAUCCUGUUCAGCAGAACACCAACAAUCAAGAGAGGAAGAGGAAGAGAGCUAGAUCAGGAAAUAGCUCUCAACAAACUGAUCUAAAAAGCCCCCCAACUGAGCACAACCUGACUCUUCAUCCAAGCUUGAGUCAGGUUGAAGACCAGGGCCAAUGA